CUUCAUGUCGUCGAGACCGUUUACAACAAAGAAGAGAGAAGGCAUUUUUUUGUUUGGAAGUAGCGCAGCCUAUUAACAAAAGCGUUCGGAGUACUGUAGCUCUUCAGUACAAGUGGAUCGACAGCUAUCGUUGUGACAAUCGGUAAUACUUCACAUACUGCCUCUAGAACAGGGUCAGUGUGCAUUUAAAGUGAGUCAAGAUUCAAGAAACACCACCUCUAGCACUGGAUUGCUGUAUGUCAUGAUGCAGAAGUCCCGCUAUGCCAGCUGUCCACGGGUCCAACGGCUAAAGUGGCGCUGACGAGAGCAGAGCGCUGGGAGCCCAGAGAUGGGGAACACGGCGACAAAGUUUCGCAAGGCGCUCAUCAAUGGAGACGAGGUCCUAGCCUACCAGCUGUACGAGGGCAACCCGCAGUUCAAAGAGUCUCUGGACCCAAACACCUCUUAUGGGGAGCCUUAUCAACAUAACACCCCUCUCCACUAUGCUGCCAGGCAUGCCAUGACACGCAUACUCAGGUCCUUCCUCUUCAGCAAGGACGGCAACCCCAACAAACGCAACGUGCACGACGAGACGGCGCUGCACGUGCUGUGCAUGGGGCCGCGCAUCCUGCUGGCGGAGGGCGCGCUGCAGCCGCGCCUCGCCCGCCCCCACGAGGACGAGCGUCGCCGUGCUGACUGCCUCCAGAUGAUCCUCAAGUGGACGGGCGCCAAGCUGGACCACGGCGAGUACGAGAGCGCCGACGUCAAUGCCAUGGACAGCAAGAGGAACACACCGCUGCACUACGCCGCUGCCUCAGGGAUGAAGACGUGUGUGGAGUUGCUGGUGCAGCGCAGCGCUGACCUGUUUGCAGAGAACGAGAACAAGGAGACUCCGUGUGACUGUGCUGAGAAACAGCACCACAAGGAGCUGGCCCUAGGUCUGGAGUCUCAGAUGGUUUUCUCCACGGACUCCAGCGCAGAGGACAUCGAGGCUGAGUAUGCGGCCCUCGACCGCAGAGAGUUUUACGAGGGCUUGCGCGUCCAAGACCUGAGGAGGCUGAAGGACAUGCUGAUAGUAGAGACAGCAGACAUGCUGCAGGCCCCACUCUUCACUGCCGAGGCACUCCUCAGAGCUCACGACUGGGACAGGGAGAAGCUUCUGGAAGCGUGGAUGUCUAAUGCUGAGGACUGCUGUCAGCGCUCCGGCGUUCAGAUGCCUACCCCCCCGCCCAGAGGCUACAACGCCUGGGAUACACUACCUUCGCCUCGCACCCCGCGCACCACCCGUUCCUCCAUCACCUCACCCGAUGAGAUCAGCCUAUCGCCUGCCGACGAUGACCGCUCCCUGUGUGGUAUUUGUAUGUGUGCUGCCUCUAUGUAUGAAGAGCCUGUUGAUAUUCCGUGUGGGCAUGAGUUCUGCAGAGCAUGCUGGGAAAGCUUUUUGAAUUUGAAGAUCCAGGAGGGAGAAGCACAUAACAUCUUCUGCCCAGCCUACGACUGCUUCCAGCUGGUGCCUGUCGAGGUCAUCGAGAGUGUCGUGUCCAGGGAGAUGGAUAGGCGGUACCUGCAGUUUGACAUCAAGGCUUUUGUGGAGAAUAACCCAGCCAUCCGGUGGUGUCCGCGGGCAGGCUGCGAGAGGGCGGUGCGGCUGGCGGGCCAGGGGCCUGGUGCCAGUGCCUCCGACCCUCUCAGCUUCCCUCUGCUCCAGGCCCCCGCCGUGGACUGUGGCAAGGGCCACCUCUUCUGCUGGGAGUGCCAGGGAGAGGCUCACGAGCCAUGCGACUGCCAGACGUGGAAGAUGUGGCUACAGAAAGUCACCGACAUGAAGCCAGAAGAAUUGGCAGGUGUGAGUGAGGCGUAUGAAGAUGCUGCCAACUGCCUGUGGUUACUCACCAACUCCAAAUCCUGCGCCAACUGCAAGUCGCCCAUUCAGAAGAAUGAGGGCUGCAACCACAUGCAGUGUGCCAAGUGUAAAUAUGAUUUUUGCUGGAUCUGUCUGGAAGAAUGGAAGAAGCACAGCUCUUCAACAGGAGGAUAUUACCGCUGCACCCGCUAUGAGGUUAUCCAGCAGGUGGAGGAGCAGUCCAAAGAGAUGACCGUAGAGGCUGAGAAGAAACACAAGAGCUACCAGGAACUUGAUCGUUUUAUGCACUACUACACUCGCUUCAAGAACCAUGAGCACAGCUACCAGCUGGAGGAGCGGCUUUUCAAAACGGCCAAAGACAAGAUGGAGCAGUUGAGCAAAGUCCUGAGUGGAAGGGAAGGGGGUCCUCCAGACACUACGUUCAUCGAAGACGCAGUACACGAACUUCUCAAGACUCGUCGUAUCCUCAAGUGCUCUUAUCCUUACGGUUUCUUUCUGGAGCCCAAAAGCACAAAGAAAGAAAUCUUUGAACUUAUGCAGACUGACUUGGAGAUGGUGACGGAGGACCUCGCCCAGAAAGUCAACCGGCCUUACCUCCGCACCCCCCGUCACAAGAUCAUCCGCGCCGCCUGCCUGGUCCAACAGAAGAGGCAGGAGUUCCUGGCCUCCGUGGCCCGAGGCGUGGCGCCCAACGACUCGCCAGAUGCCCCCCGACGCAGUUUUGCAGGGGGUACGUGGGACUGGGAAUACUUGGGCUUCGCAUCUCCAGAGAUCCAGGGGAAUCAGGCAAUUCUCGGGGGAAAUGAUCCGAGAGGCCACAAUCAGAAUAGAGGAGGCCAGCGGCAGGAGUAUGCGGAGUUCCAGUACCGGCGCAGACACAGACAGCGCCGGCGUGGGGACAUGACCAGCAUGCGCAGCAACACCCCGGACUCGGAUGAGCCCAACCUCAGCACUUUAGAUUCAGAGCAAGUGAGCUGUAGUCAGAGACCUGGCCUCCCUAUGCCCCUCAGCUCCUUGGAUGAAGACGAUCCCAACAUCUUGUUGGCUAUCCAGCUAUCUCUGCAGGAGUCCGGACUGGCUGUGGGUGGUGGAGAAGGUGUUGAAAGUCAGGAGCUGCUGACUCACGAGAUGUCCAUGGGGGCCAUUGGCACCUCUCUGCCUUCCAGGCUGGACCCUGUUCUUCACGGGGUGGAUGUUCCUCGUGCUGCUCUAAGUAGCUCUGAGCUCCUAGAGGUCGGCGAUAGCCUGAAGAAGCUGGGCAACAUGAGCGGCCAGAACGUACCCCAACGGUUCAACAAUCUUGGCAACCCGUCCUUCGAGGCUACGGGAGGCCCCCUCCCUCCCCCCCCUGCGCACAUGGAGCCUACUGACUUGGAUCCUGCCGACAACGCCAACCUCCUUGGUAACAUCAUGGCCUGGUUUCAUGACAUGAACCCGCAGAACAUCAGUCUGGUCCCUCCGGCUACUUUGUCAGACGUGGAGUUUGGCGCCCAGCUCGGCAGGACGGGUACAGAGCAGACUGCAGAGAGCCACUUCCAGCAAUGGACAGUAGGUGGCGAACACGAGGCUAGCGAGUAUCGUGGCACGGAGGAGCGGGAGCCAGUCAGGCCCACUCAGCUAGACCUAGUUAGCGUGGAUGUGCCGGCUGCGCCUCCUGUGGUAAGCCAGAUGGGCGAAACGCUGGGCGGGUCUCACCCCUGUCACCCCGACACCCCAAAAUGUGACUCGGACCCCGACCAGCCUAGCAGUAGCUCUUCUGAGUGGGAAGGUCAAGUGCACCUUGUAUGAAAAUUUUGGCUUAUCCUUCUCCAUAUGGCCAAAACCCCCUUUUGAUGUGAAGUAGCUGACUUGUAAACCAAGGAAGAGAGAUUCACUGCGAGAAGAACAGGCUUAAUUUGUGUAGUCAGACAAGUAGAAAUGAGUCCAAAUUGUGUUUUUAAGAAUGCUGAAAUCAUAAGUGUUGAAGCGCGUCCGUUGUCUCAUGUUGCAGGCCUGCAUCUUUUUGCGUUUCAGAGACAUGUGAUCUUUCUUUAUUAGAAGCAGACACUGUUUCAUGGCCCAGGAGAGGCGAACAGCUACAAAAGAAGGAAGCAGCUGAAAUAAGAAGCUGCCAGUAAAAACAGUGGCUGUAUGUGGCCUAUGGCAGGGAGUCAUUAGGUAGCUCGGUGCAGUCGGUCUCUGCAGAACUACUGCCUGAAUUCUUUCACAGAGAAAGGUAUACUGUACGGAACCGAAGCGCUCCAACGGCCGGGUCGGUUAGUCUGAACGUCCGUGUGGUUUCCUCUCUUCGAGGGGCCCCUGGGCCUUUAUGACGGGUGUCAUUGUAGGUGCCGUAAACACUGGCUAGCACACGCCGAGUCCAUGCCAGCCCAGUGUGCUGAUCGUGCCUGCUGCUGUGGGCUAAGCAGCCCCUUUAGAACCACGGCCCUUCCUUUAAACCCGGCGCUGUAGUGUCCAGCACAGCGGACGCUAGCUGCUCCCUCUGGUGAGCUGGGCUCUUCUGAGGUGCUCGUUACCAUGGCGAAGGAAAGUGUGGUCCUCUGUUCUUUCGUCCAACCCAUUCACUGUAACGAUAUGCCACCGGUCCAUUCGAAUGGGGAGAGAUGCUGAUGUACUGUGCGGGGAAAGCUGCAGCAGGUCUUUCGAACAGCAACUCUACGCAAACCUAUCACCGUGCCUUUUCUGCGAACCUCCUCUCUUAUUCGUCACAUCCCUCGAGCGCUCGAUGAAUGGCGCACUAACUCGUGAUGCCGCUGUCGUUUGCAAUGGCUAUGAAACUAACAGCCUCCAGAACACUUUUAAUGGCCCACGCAAGCGUGUGUGGGAAUAUAUAUAUAUGAAAUAUAAAAACACUCACCCACCCACCACCCUUUAGCUCUUCUCUGGAUCAUUCCCAGAGCUCUUUAAGACACAUUAACUAACACACUCAUGUGGGAUCACUGUUGUUAUUUUUCCCUGCAUCUCUUCAUACCGGUUCUAAUGGCGAUACGAUUAAGUGGAGCAUUCAAGGAGAUGUGUGUAAUGUGAUGCCGUUGUGCUUCAUACAAGUAUGUAAAACACCAGACCUAAUAUAUUGUGAAAAUUGAUUUUAUAUUUAUUUGGAAUUGAAUGUGUUUCAUAAAAAAGAUGAACUGAUGGAUAAUGUACAAAAAAAAUUAACAAAAGCCAAUGUUUUUGUCCAUGUGUCAAGAAACAGUCCUUUUACAGUGCCACUUUUAAAUAUGUGCUUUAUACUAAUUAAAUUGUGACUACUGAGGUAAUUGUUGAUAGCCAUUUAAACACAGCAAGUUUUUGAUAUGAGCAUGUAUUUCUCGGAAAGACCUGGCCAAAUUCUUGACCUAAACUGCCAGUUCUUUUAAGUCUGAAAGGCAGUGGUAAUUGCAUCCAUUUUCAAAGUGAAAAAUUAUACAUUGUGCAGAAAUCCCAAAAUUGUACAAGUUUAUAUUAUUGCAAUUAUACAUUGCUGAAGAAGAGUUGCUGUAUUGCUGUAAUGUCAAUCAGAAUUCAUAGUAGAAAUAAGCCAAUCCUAGUAGUGCUAGCAGAAUUACUGAAAUACUGUACUUCAUAAAUGACAUUAUCAUGUAGUAAUCGCUAACGGUGACAUUCCACGCAAUUUCAUUCAUUUUUUUGGGGGAUACAUGUAAAAGUGCUUUGAAGGUUUUACUUUUCUUUUCUAAAAUUGCAUAAAUAGAAAUGACUGAGCUCAGUAACCUGCAGUAUUUCUUCAGUAAUCAGUAAUGUAUGUUGCCAAAGUGCUGAUGGCGCUAACGUAUGUGGUGAAGCACUCGGUAGGACCUUUACAUCUGUUCAGACGUGGAGUGACUAAUGUUGUCCUGUAUGUGACAGUAUGCUGUGCAUUAAAUCACAAUACAUAUAAAUCCUAUUUUCUUCGCAAAGGCGAUUUAAGCGUGAAGGCCGAUCAUUGUCUGGGGGUGGGGGUGGGGGUGGGGUGAGGCAAGCACAUUUUGUAGCCCAUUAAAGAUUUUAUAUUGUUAAGAAACUAAUCCUUGAAAUGUUAUUUGCACUUUCAUAGUCUAUACUUGAUACAUUCCCACUUUGUAUGGAAACAAAUACAAAUGUUUGGUGUUUGGCCAAUAAAUUUGACUGAACUGAGUGUGGAACUCAAUAAAGAUGUUAAGACAAGUCCCCCAAAA